AUGUCAUGUAGAUUCGAACAAGGCGAGGACACUAGUGUCAAGGGUUAUAAAAGGCUGAAAACAGAACUCGGUCUCAAAAUACCAGGAACACGUUGGUUGAUUAGGAAUAUCAGUCUUGAUCCAGAUGCUGAAAAAAUAAAAAUAUAUAUAAAUCAACUGAACAAAAUAACGAACCAUCUGCAUGUGACAAGAACUACUAUUGUGCAUCAGCCAGGUACGAACAAAACUAAUUACAUCGGGCGAAAAACUAUUUACAUCGGGCGAAAUAGUACGUCAACGAAUACAAUUAACGUAACUGUUGUAACUGCAUUCUUUGAUAUUGGAAAUUUUCAGAAAAAUGGUUCCUUAAUAACUGCAAAUAUCUAUUUCAAUUGGAUUUCUAAACUUAGGUAUCUACAGAAUCCACUUAUUGUCUAUACCAAUUCAAAGGAGUUCAAAGACCACGUGAAACACAUGCGGAAUAUAAAGAGAGGAGAAACUGCCAUACGGGUGAUCAAUAUUACAUCUUCAUGGGCAUUUCAAAACAACAAUCAAAUAAAGGAAAUUUUUGACUCGCCGAGUUAUCAGAAAUAUUUUCCGAAUACUGUUCAUUCAUUGUACGCAUGCGCACAACAUGCAAAGUAUGAUGUUCUUGAACGUGUUGUGAAAGAGAACUAUUUUAAAACAAACUAUUAUAUGUGGUUAGAUGUUGGAUAUUUUAGAGACAGAAUGUCAGAUAAAUUGUUCUACAUCGGAAAGCCAAAGAACUUCAAUGACUCGAAGAUAGCAGUAAGUCUUGUGGACCCAAAACAACGUUUGACGAAUCGACCGUACGUGAUCUUCAGAGGAAAUCUAGUCUGGGUGGGUGGAGGGCUUGUAUUCGGUGACAGAAAUCAUAUUAUAAAAUUUUCAAAAGAUUUCAAACGAGCAGUGCAAUAUUUUCUGUCACAGGGCUUGAUGAAUACUGAUCAGCAGGUUGUUUACGCCAUGUAUACCACCAAAGGGAGGGAAGUCCUGAAACCGGAAGUAGAACUGCAGUUGUACAAGACACAGUCACAGUGGUUUUACCUUGGUAACAGUAUGGUUCGAGAGAUAGAUCACUGAUCACAGGUAUAAUGUGACAUGAAAUGUGAGCCCUGAUAAGUUGUAACUGUGUCAAAUUGAAAUGGUUCCAGUUUAUGAUUUGACACGGGCUUGCAGACAUUAAAAGCUUGGCCCGCUUUCAGGUGCUUAGAUCUAUGUGAAAAUCGGCGGAAAAAAGCUGCAGCCUCUGGAAACAACCAUUCUUGACAAUGAAAUAAAGAUUCCCUCAUUUUAUUUAGUCAUAACUAUAAACAUGUAAUGUAUUAAGAUAAUCAUGCAUUGCGAGUGAAAAGUUACCGAUGUGCCAACAUAAUUUAAUCACAAGUUACACUGCCAAAGAAGACAAACAUCUCAAUACGAGUACAGCAUUCAAAGGAUAGAUCCGUGUAUUUUGUGUU